AUGACGCUGAGAUGUAAGGAGAGGGAGAGACACCCGCAUGCAGCUUGGAGACUCUUCUCGCCCCUGCGCUCCCCCCACGCUGCCUCCCACCGGCACCUGGAGUCACGCCGAUGCCGCCUUAUUCGCCGUGUGCAGCCCCCACAGCGAAGGACAGCUUCCCACAAGCUUCUCCGGGGGCGCCGGGCGUGCGCCAGACGGUCCCUUCUGGCCUCGGCACACAGACCCCAGGGCUCGCCACACGCCGUGACCUGCCCUGGGCCCACGGCUGCGCUGCUGGUGUCCCAGCGACGGGCCCCUGCGAGCGGCUCCCUGUGUGCCCACUCCCCUGGCAGCAGCAGGGCAGAUGCAGGUCCGGACGGCCACCUCCCCUGCCUGCCGCGCCCCAGGCUUCCGGCCCAGGCACCCCCACGCGUUGCUGCUGACAAGGCUGACGGCGUGAAGCAUGCGGGGGGUCAGCGUCAGCAGCACCGCGCGGUCAGAUGCUCGGCUCCGACCCCGCACGCGACAGGCCCCGUCGCUGGUGCGCGGGGCAGAGGGGCCUCGGCCUCAGAGCUGGGGCGCUGGGAGCACCACGGCUACACGCCACCCUGGUCGCUCCGUCCGUGGAGAGGAGCGGGGAAGAGCCACUGCUCAAGGGGACUGUGGCUUCUCUCGCUGGUUUUGGAGGAGGCGCCCAACCCAAGUCCAGGCGACAGUUUCCCAGCUGAACUGACGGCCAGCCUCCAGGAAGAUCACUCGACUCCGAGGCCCCGGGCAGACUCUCGGAGCCCAGGGGAGGAGGAAGGCGCUGGUGCUGGUAAUGGUGCCGGGACAGCUGUUCCCCUCCGGCCUAGCUGCCAGCUGGAGGGCACAGGCCGAGAUGAGGCCGCAGAGCGAUCAGCCCACCUGGAUGGCGGUCUGGGCUGUGAGGUGUCUCCCGCCUCAGCGGCUACCAAACGCAGCGGACAGCCCAGCCCCGAGACCGCUGACUCCCCCACAGUGACGACGCCCACGUCGCCAGCCUCCACCUCCCUCUGGCCAGUGGACCUCAGUCCCAGGGCUGGAGGGACGAAGCGUGUGCUGCCGCUGGCUGGCCUGAAAAAGGCGCUGAAGAAGGAAGACUGGUCUGACUUCCGUCAUUGCCGGGACCCCGCCGGGUCCCCCGGGCAGCGCGCCGGCCUCUCACCAUCCUUCGCCAAGCCCGCGCAGCAGGCGGCCAAACACCCAGGGACCCUACUCUCCUCAGCGCGAGCCCCCGACCCCUGCGCCUUCGGCCGCCUUCGGGGCAGCGACGCCCAAGAGCCCGCCGCGGGCACUCGGCACUUUGCGAAGUGCAGCCCCCACUCGCGUUUGCCAUCGGCGUCCCCCCACCCAACGCCUUCUGCUGCCUUCUUCCUGCGCUACCCCGCCCCCGCCUCCCCGCCCCCAGCCCGGCUGUCGCCGGGGCCCCCCAGGCUGUUCCCAGGGCCCCAGCCCGCGGUGCGCCUCCGCCUCCUCCCCCGCGAUCGACGGCGCCACGAGCCAAUUACUGCCUGGCUCCGGCCCACAAGCUCCGCCCUUGUGUCCGCCCCCUUCCCCCGUCUCCGGAACGCACCAAUGGAAAAAGCGUCGCGGGGGCGGGGCCUGCAGGUUGCCUAG